GAUACGCUGAGUCUCGCAUGUUUGUCAACUCACCAACCUUCCCGCCCCACUGGACUCAACUUACCAGCUAGCCAAGUAACUUUGGCUCCUGUAUCCAGUCGGCCUUGUUCGCCUGCUGCUGCUGGUGUUUCUCUGAAUUUUGCUGCUAACUCACCAGCUGAACUGCCUUCUUCCACUGGGUCUCAUACUUGUAAACCAGCGAUUCUGACUAUUUCAUCAACUCCAUCUUCAAUAGAAUUUCAAGCGCCUGUCUCUUUCUCCGAGUCUUCUGGUCUCAUAGAGACAUUAAGUGCUGUUUCUGAAUCAUCUAGCCAUGCGUUUCUAGAUACUUGUACUCCUACGGCCUCCCAGACCUCAUAUCUAAAACUUAUUCGAUUGAUUUAA